AUGGCGCAGAACGAACACAUCACCACAACUCUUGCUAGCGUACAAAAUGCUGCAAUAGAUGGACGUAUGGGAAGCAUUCGCACUCGACAGAAGCAGCUUUCAUCCUUAUUCAAGUCGCUGACUGAUCACAAGAGCUCCCUUGUAUAUGCCAUGCAGAAGGACUACGGCCUAACCAUCGAAGAAGCAAAUAUUGUUGUCUCGGCCAUGCUGCUCGAAGUUCGCCAGCAUUACGAUAACAUCAACUUCGAUAAAGAGCUUGCCCAAGAGUACAACAUCAGAUGGGGUAAGAGUUGGGAAGACAGACGAGUCACUGUCGGCCUUGCGUACAUGAUCGUUGGAGACUUCACCAAAGCGUUCAAUGUUUUCAGCGCGGUCUCUGCUGCGAUAGAAUCUGGAACCUGCUGCGUUGUCGAGCUACCCAAUCUCCCGGAUCAAUCGACCACCAUCAUUCGUCAGAUAAUGGAGGCCGCACUUGAUAAGGAAGCUUAUGUGACGAUCCCGAAGAGAGCUCCAGAAUCUUUUUUGGAAAAGUGUUUGGUCAUCGAUCAGACGGCCGAGCCUUUGAGCUCAAGAUACGACAGAACAAUAAGCUCAAAGUCUUCAGGCAGGGCGAUAGCAGUCGUGGACCGUACGACAAAAGUGGACCUUGCAGCCAAAGAGGUGUUCGCUUCCAGAAUGCAAUACUCUGGCCAGAGUCACUAUGCGGUAGACCAGGUCUUCGUGAACGAAUUCGUGGCCGACGAGUUCCUUGUUGCUCUGCAGAAGCAAAUGUCCAUGCAUGCAGAAGCCCUCGACCAGACUGUAAACAGCACAAACACUCGCAAGCAUGAUCGAGAGAACAAGCCAACGCAACUAGAGCUCCUCGCGGAUUAUGACGAGAUAGUCUGCAGUCAAGGUAACGCCAGAGUGGUCUUGAUCAAAUCGAGAUCUAGCCAGUUGUUGCAUGACAAGAUCAAACGCCCCCUUCUCGUGGUCCACAAAAUUACUAGUCUCGACGAUGUGAUCGACUUGGUCCUUUCACAAGAUGCGACGAUGAAUGCGCUAUUCACGUUUGCUGACGGCCCUGAAGCGAAAUAUUUGUCUCAAUUCAUACCGAGCGCUGUGACAUUCGUCAAUCACAUCCCCGCCGAGUUGCUUAUUGGUCCAGCUGGUCCUGUAGGAUAUCCUGUGCGUCCUGAACUACGCUAUAUCAAAGGAAUGUUUGAAAAGCCCAGUCCACAGAUUGCGCCGGGUGUCAAAGUUCACGCGGCUUCCAAUGUUUGGAAGUUGCGUAACACGCCACGCAGUGCGGCCAUAUUGGCACAUGCGUCGGAGCCCUUGAAGCCCACAGGUCAGGCAGCUGCGGGUGCAUGGGGAUUCUUCGAAACUGGAGUUUUGCUGGGCGCUACAGUAUACUUGCUUCCAGUCAUACUGGGAACCAUCGCUGGUGCUGCUUACACCACCAUUUGGGCGUAUAGGAGAGUCAUUGGGUGA